UCAAUUCUGUAAUCCGUGCAAUGUUGUCUCCGGUUCUGCCUUGAGGUUAUGUUUUGCCGAGUUUUGAAAGCAAUGUUAUUUAUAAAAAUAUCUGUUUAUCACAUUCUUGGUUGGUGAUAUACAUCUACUUGAAAUAUGUUUAGCAGCGGAAGUAAAUUAACGCUACGUUCUUUGAGCCUAAUUCAUGCAGCUAAAGGAGGUGUCUCCUUUUGCAAAUUUCGUUAUAAAUGGCAUCGAAAUUUUGUAGCUUGCUCCCAGUGUCGCGGAAAAAAGGAUGAUGCAAACUUCUCCUCGCUCUUUAUUCCUGUACCAGUUACGCCGAAUCCUGAUGAUAUCAACGUUGGGGCAGAGUUGACAGGCGCAUUGAAUAAAUCAGACUUACUGAAAGUUCUGAACAAGUUUUACCAAAAGAAGGAAAUCAAAUUGCUGGCAUUAGAAAAUGGACUUGACAAUUAUCUUCUCCAUCAAGCAUAUGUAAGUUUUCGUCGAUACUGUCUGGAGGCAGAAGCUUUGCCCGUUGACCUUCAUGUUGUUGUAAGUGACAUUCUUCAAGGAGCAGGUCAUGUUGAUGAUAUAUUUCCUUAUUUUCUUCGCCAUGCAAGACAGAUGUUCCCACAUCUUGAGUGUAUGGAUGAUCUCAAGAAAAUAAGUGACUUGAGAAGCCCAGCAAACUGGUAUCCUGGUGCUCGAACCCUCACAAGGAAGAUAAUUUUCCAUGCUGGACCUACAAAUAGUGGGAAAACUUUCCAUGCCUUGGAGCGAUUCUUGAAUUCAAAGUCUGGAGUGUACUGUGGCCCUUUGAAACUUUUAGCUUCUGAAGUAUUUAACAAGAGCAAUGAAAGGGGCACACCAUGUGAUCUGGUGACAGGAGAGGAACGGAAGUUUUCCCAGUCUAAUGGGGACCCAUCGAGUCACGUGUCAUGUACUGUGGAAAUGACAUCUGUCAACGUUCCAUAUGAAGUGGCCAUCAUUGAUGAGAUCCAGAUGAUGCGGGAUACAGGACGAGGUUGGGCAUGGACCAGGGCCCUGCUUGGCGUGAUGGCCGAGGAAAUACACCUGUGUGGUGAGGAGGGAGCUGUCGAGCUAGUCCGGUCUCUUAUGUCAACAACAGGAGAGGAUGUCGAGGUACGAAAAUACAAGCGUCUGACAGACCUGGAGGUGGAGGACUCAGCGAUGGGUUCCCUGGAGGCAGUGCAACCAGGAGAUUGCAUAGUUUGCUUCAGCAAACAUGACAUAUAUUCUGUGUCUAGAGGCAUUGAGGCUAAGGGGCAUGAGGUUGCUGUUAUCUAUGGUGGUCUGCCUCCAGGCACAAAACUUGCUCAAGCCCAGAAGUUCAAUGACCCUGACAACUCCUGCAAGGUCCUGGUGGCAACAGAUGCCAUUGGCAUGGGGCUGAACCUGAGUAUUCGGCGAGUCGUGUUCUACUCCCUCAUCAAGCCAACAGUCAAUGAGAAGGGUGAGAAGGAGAUGAACACCAUUUCAGUGUCCCAAGCUUUGCAGAUUGCGGGACGAGCUGGGCGUUACGGCACCCAGUAUGAGAAGGGCUUUGUAACAACGUUUAAACCCGAGGACUUAAAUACACUGAAGAAUCUGCUGUCCCAGUCGCCAGAACCAAUUGUGAAGGCAGGGCUGCACCCCACAGCUGAGCAGAUAGAGCUGUAUGCAUACCAUCUGCCUAAUUCAACACUCUCAAAUCUUAUGGAUAUCUUUGUCACAUUGUGUACAGUGGACGACUCCCUGUACUUCAUGUGUAACAUAGAAGACUUCAAGUUUUUGGCAGAUAUGAUUCAGCACGUUCCCCUGCCUCUUCGUGCCAGAUAUGUCUUCUGCUGUGCACCGAUCAACAGGAAAUUACCAUUUGUUUGCACCAUGUUCCUGAAGUUUGCACGGCAGUACAGCAGAAAUGAAGCUUUGACGCUAGACUGGCUGUGUCGUAACAUUGGCUGGCCGUUUGCUCCUCCGAAGACUAUUAUUGAUCUUGUCCAUUUGGAAGCUGUGUUUGAUGUUCUGGACUUGUAUCUGUGGUUCAGUUACCGCUUCAUGGAUUUGUUCCCGGCUGCUUCUCUGGUGCGUGAUAUGCAGGCAGAGCUCGAUUCCAUGAUCCAGCAGGGUGUCUUCCAGCUAACUCGUCUUCUGAAGAACUCUGAGACAGGUGUCAGCAGUGGAACGUCAGCUGCUAUAGAUGAGGAAGACUUUGCCAUUAACCGACACAAGCAGUCAUAUCUGCGAGGAGGAAAAGACACUGAGAUGCCUCAAGUUGGACGAGGUCGCCUGACAGAGAGGCUUCUUGCUCAGGGGCUACUUACACCAAACAUGCUUCAGGAGUUACGCAGAGAAUGGACCCAGGAUGAUCAGAGCGAACCCAGUGAUUCUCCAACAUCGCAUACAAAGAAACCACGACAGAAGAAAAAACACAAGUGAAGGAUUUCCUCCGCACAUCGCUGCUACUGUCAUGACUUCCAGUGUUGGUGUUGAUCACCAAUUUUCUACUGCACAAAGUGGUUUACAUGAUGGACAGUGAAUGCUUAUAGUUCAGUAUGGACUGAAGAAUGAAAGAUGUAAGAAAGCUGUCAGAAUUUGUGUGCUAAAAAUGUGUUGUUCUGCUCAAACAUUGUCCUCUCUGCUAUGAAUAAAUUGAGAACUUAAAUGGGAAGUGCA